ACUUUGGUUUUUCCCAGGACCGUGGCUUACCAGAACUGCGUUUCGCAGCUCCACGCCUCGAAGUACACAAGGUCUCAGGUCGCAAAACUCUCGCCGGCCCAGCGGACUGUCCUCGCUUGUCUCACCCGCCGCGGUCUCUUCUUGUGGAGGCUUCUGCCGGCGAGUUUUCUUGAAAAAGCCAAGCGACUGCGGACUCUGCAAGACUCCGCGCAAGUCCCGGCGCCCAUCUACCUUUCUGGACGGCUGGCUGCACACCGCAAGACUCCGUGACGGAGCGACGUCGGGCGUUUCGCGGUCUGCGCUUGUCGGCAAAACCUUCACGAUCCACGUCUGGGGACAGUGGCGAAACGGUUGUUUUUCCGUCUGUCUGAGGCUUGUACUCCCCACUCGCGACCUUUUGUCGGAAACUCGCUUGCGACUUUCGCAGCUGGAAGCUGUGUGUGUGAACCAUUCCGUCGCGUUUUCUGCGCAGGCCCCUCGAACCUGGGGACCCCGGCAGACUCCGCCGAAAAACCAUCGCACGGCCGUCCUUGCCCUCCUCGCCCGGCAGAAUGACCGACGGCAACUACUUUCAGCCGGCGAAGCGCGGCGAACUGCACGAGUUGAAGGAGGAGCUGCACUCGUCGAACAAGGAAAAGAAGAAGGAAGCGGUAAAAAAGGUGAUUGCUGCCAUGACCGUCGGCAAAGAUGUCUCUUCGCUUUUUCCAGACGUUGUCAACUGCAUGCAAACCACCAACAUGGAGCUGAAGAAGCUCGUGUAUCUGUACGUGAUCAACUACGCGAAGGCACAGCCGGAGCUCGCCAUUCUUGCCAUCAAUACCUUUCGCAAAGACUCCCUGGACCCCAAUCCACUCAUCAGAGCACUGGCUGUGAGGACAAUGGGCUGCAUUCGCCUGGAGGAAAUCACUGAGUAUCUGGUCGAGCCGCUUCGGAGGAGCUGCAAAGAUCCAGACCCCUACGUCCGGAAAACUGCAGCCAUCUGUGUGGCGAAACUCUUCAGCAUCCGACCUGACAUGGUCGGAGAGGAAGGUUUCAUCGAGGAGUUGACGACGAUGCUCAGUGACUCGAAUCCUGUGGUCGUCGCGAACGCCGUGGCGGCGUUGUCUGAGAUUUCAGAGAAUUCGGGGAGGAACUACAUGAAGAACAUUCUCAAUGCGAAGGAGUCCAACGUCAACAAGCUGCUGGCGGCUCUCAACGAAUGCACAGAGUGGGGGCAAGUCUUCAUUCUUGAUGCACUUGCUCAGUUUGAGCCUGAAACGCCGAGAGCUGCGGAGUCCGUUCUCGACCGCGUCACAGCUCGACUCUCUCACGCCAACUCUGCAGUUGUCCUCUCGGCCAUCAAGGUGGUUAUGAAGCUCCUGGACAAAGUGACGAAUCCGGACGUUGUGCGCGCCGUCCAUCGAAAGUUAUGUCCGCCUCUCGUCACGCUUCUCUCGGCCGAGCCUGAGAUUCAGUACGUUGCUCUGCGGAACAUCGAGUUGAUUGUGCAGAAGCGGCCGAGCAUUCUCGCGAGUGAAGUCAAGAUGUUCUUCUGCAAGUACAACGAUCCGGUCUACGUAAAAAUCGAGAAGCUCGACAUUCUUGUGCGCCUCGUCUCGGAAAAAAACGUUGACCAAGUUUUGAGUGAGCUGAAGGAGUACGCGACAGAAGUGGAUGUGGACUUUGUGAGGAAAGCAGUCCGCUGCAUCGGGCGGUGUGCCAUCAAGCUGGACUGCGCGGCCGAGAGAUGCGUUGCUGUUCUGCUCGAUUUAAUUCAAACGAAAGUCAACUAUGUGGUACAGGAGGCGAUUGUGGCAAUCAAAGACAUCUUCAGAAAAUAUCCCAACCAAUAUGAGUCGAUGAUUUCUACGUUGUGUGAGAACCUGGAGACGCUGGACGAGCCUGCAGCCAAGGCGUCGAUGGUGUGGAUUGUCGGCGAGUACGUAGACCGGAUUGACAACGCUGACGAACUGUUGGAAACGUUUUUAGAGACGUUCCACGACGAACCAUCGAUCGUUCAACUCCAGUUGCUAACGGCGACAGUGAAGUUGUUUCUGAAGAAGCCUGCCCACACCCAGGACCUGGUCACCAAGGUCCUCAAGAUGGCAACUGAGGAGACGUACAAUCCAGACCUGCGAGAUCGCGCCUACAUCUACUGGAGGAUGCUGGCGAGAAACCCAGAGGCGGCGAAGAAGGUCGUCUUCGCUCCCAAGCCGCCGAUCAACGAAGACGCGGAUGCGCUGGACUACAACACUCUCGACAGACUCAUCGGAAACAUUUCUCUGCUUUCCUCGGUCUACCACAAAGCUCCAGAGACGUUCGUGGCGAGAGCGAUGCCCCCGUCGGCUGCGUUGCCGAAGGAGGUCGGCUCCUGCAGCUCCGACGGGGAAUCGACAGAUGCGCGAGUCGAGCAAGCGAAGCAGAGCAUGCAGAAGCAACACUACUCGAGCGACGAAAAGGAAGAAGAGUCUUCCCCAACCAGCAGCGAAGACUCCGACAGCGACUCCGACGGACCGACAGAUCUCCUCGGUUUGAGUGACGAAGCGACGCCGAGGAAGAGGUCAUCGAAAGAAAGCAGCGACGACCUCUUCGAUCUGUCCUCUCCGCCUGAGGACCCUCGUGGAGUUGGAAAGACUCUAGUUCUCGCCGCCGACCGUCCAGGAAAUCAGGGCAGAACGGGUCUGCAGGUUUCUGCAGCGCUAACCAGAGCUCACGGUCGCAUUCAGCUGCAUUUGACACUUGCGAACAAGAGCUCGAUGACUCUCAACGGCUGGGCGAUUCAGUUCAACAGAAACUCCUUCGGCCUUGCUCCAGCCGCAAACCUGCAAGUCGCCGACUUGCUCUCUGGCCAGUCUGCAGAGACGACUGUGCCAGUGGUUCCAGGGCAACUCAUGUCCAACGCUGCCCCUGAGCAGCCUCUCUCUCUGCAAGUCGCCGUCAAGACGAAUCUCGACAUCUUCUGCUUCACUGUACCAUUCGACUUGAGCGUCGUUCUCCAAGAGAACUCCUCUGCCGACAAGGACGUUUUCAGACAAAGGUGGCAAAACAUUGGAGAAGCGAGACAGAGCUCCCUGAUGGCAAGCGCGCCCAGUUCGCAGAGUCCACAAGCUGUGACGAAGCAAAUGCAGGCGGCAAACAUAAGCCUGGUUGCGCAGCGGAGUGCAGACACUUUCGAUGCGCUCUACUUCUCUGCAACAACGACCAACAACCUCGUCGUGCUCGCUGAGGUGUCACUACAGCGGAACGGGAACGCCGUGAAGCUCGUCACUCGGAGCGAGGCUGCUGCCUUGCUUCCGCUUUUCACCUCGACCGUUUGUGCGGCCCUUCGGCUGACGCCACGGUCAUGAGGAGGUUUGUGGUCAUCGAAUCGCGCCGGAGUCUUUCGCUCGAUGUCUUGCCGCUUUUCGCGAAUCGGUGCUCGUCUGUGCCUAGACAGUCACGUAGAAAUCCACCCCCGACAUGUGUAAUCAGCGGGACAUUCUGUUUUUUUCCAUCUUGUGAAAGCCUUCUUCGCUCUCCGUCAUCGCAGCGUCGACCUCGCUUGUGCGCCAGUCGGAAAACGGUGUUUAGCAUGGCAGAGACACUCCGUCUGGCGGACUCAAACCUGCUGCGCGUGCUGCCGUUCGACGCUGCUCCUGCGCGGCGCCUGGUCUUGCUUUCGGGGUAGUGUCUCUCCGAUUUCGAAUUCGUGCGUCUCCCGAGCCGUUUCUUUGUUAUUGGCGGUUCUCAGACAGACUUCAGAAGCGCCUUGUGCAUUUGCUAGCCUCCAACAUCUCGUGACACAAGUCGCAGCCGAAUGGGCAUUCACGAUAGUGCACGCUACAGCAGCUUCGGACUGUCUGAGUGGACGCGCUCUCACGAAGCUUAAUGGUGGCGCUAGUUGAUAAAAUCCUGGAAGGACGGCGGAAAAUCGAGAAGGCAACACGCUCUGUGAAGCUGGGCAUGACUUGCCCUAGGUUGAAAAAUGCAGUAGUCGAGCAUCAACUUAGAUGCACUGGUCGAGGGUGGCAACG